ACGUAGAAGCCAAUGCCAGCACAGGCAACUCCCACUUUAAGGCAGGCACUGCUAACGCUGACGGUGACAGAGACGUGGAGGCCCCGCCCCCAGGAGAGGAGGGGGAGCAGGGAGAGCAACAGAAGAAGGAGGGAGGGGGGCAAGGGUUUGGCAGGAAGGAAAAGUCCGUGCUGCAGGCCAAACUGAACAAGCUGGCCAUCCAGAUUGGCUAUGCUGGUACCAUCAUCGCAGUUUUGGUUGUGAUUGUGUUAAUAGUUAGGUUCUGUGUAGAGACGUACGCUGGGGAGAAUGCCCGCGCCUGGAACACCAAAGAUUUGCAGUUUUUUGUCAAGUACUUCAUCCUGGGUGUCACGGUACUGGUGGUGGCUGUCCCAGAGGGGCUGCCCCUGGCUGUUACACUAGCUCUGGCCUACUCUGUCAGGAAAAUGAUGCACGACAACAACUUAGUGCGGCACUUGGAUGCCUGUGAGACCAUGGGCAACGCCACUGCCAUCUGCUCUGAUAAGACUGGAACACUGACCACCAACAGAAUGACCGUUGUCCAGAGUUAUAUUGGAGAACAGCAUUACAAGAGCACUCCAGACUUCAAGAGCCUCCCAGCACAGACAGGACAGUUACUGAUCAGAUGUGUCUCCAUCAACAGUGGCUACAGUACCAGGGUUAUUAAAUCUCCAACAGAGGACCUUCCGAAGCAGCUGGGUAACAAGACAGAGUGUGCUCUGCUGGGGUUUGUGAUGGAUCUGGGCCAGAGCUACCAGGCGAUACGAGAAGAAGUCCCAGAAGAGAGAUUCCACAGAGUGUAUACAUUCAACUCCAUGAGGAAGUCCAUGAGCACGGUCAUCCCUACGGAACACGGGUUCAGACUUUUCAAUAAAGGAGCCUCCGAAAUGGUGCUGAGGAGAUGUACUUUUAUUCUUGGAGCUGGAGGCAGGGUGCGACCAUUUUCUGCCCAUGAUGCAGAUAACUUGAUUAAAAGAGUGAUUGAACCAAUGGCAAUGGACGGCUUGAGAACUAUAGGAAUAGCUUAUAAGGACUUUGUCAAACACAACCCAGCCACCAAUGAGGUCCACUUUGACUCGGAGCCUAACUGGGACGACGAGGACAGCAUCGUGUCUGGACUGACCUUGAUUGCAAUCACUGGGAUUGAGGAUCCUGUCAGACCAGAGGUUCCAGAGGCCAUACGGAAGUGUCAACGUGCCGGAAUCACGGUGCGUAUGGUGACAGGUGACAACAUCAACACAGCCAGGUCCAUAGCAACCAAGUGUGGAAUCAUCCACCCUGGUGAUGACUUCCUAGUCCUGGAGGGAGGAGAUUUCAACAAGCAGGUUAAGAAUGAUCAUGAUGAGGUUGUACAAGAAAACCUGGACAAGAUUUGGCCCAGACUCCGUGUUUUGGCCAGGUCUUCCCCAACAGAUAAGUAUGUACUAGUCAAGGGCAUCAUUGACAGUAAACUCAGUGCCAAUAGAGAGGUGGUGGCAGUGACGGGAGACGGUACCAACGACGGACCUGCACUGAAAAAAGCAGAUGUUGGAUUUGCUAUGGGUAUUGCUGGAACAGAUGUGGCUAAGGAAGCAUCUGAUAUCAUCCUUACAGAUGACAACUUUACCAGUAUAGUCAAGGCUGUGAUGUGGGGCAGAAAUGUCUAUGACAGUAUCGCCAAAUUCUUACAAUUCCAGUUGACUGUCAAUGUUGUAGCUGUAAUAGUGGCAUUCAUUGGUUCACUGACAGUGAGGGACAGUCCACUCAAGGCUAUUCAGAUGUUAUGGGUCAAUCUUAUUAUGGACACUCUUGCGUCUUUAGCCCUGGCAACAGAGAUGCCCACAGAGGAACUAUUGCAGCGUAAACCAUAUGGCAGGACGAAAGCUCUUAUUUCACGCACUAUGAUGAAAAAUAUCAUUGGUCAUUCUAUCUACCAACUUACUGUACUUUUUGUUAUUUUGUAUGCAGGGGACGUGCUGUUUGACAUCGAUAGUGGCAUAAAUGUAGAUAUUAAUGCCCCUCCAACGCAACAUUUCACUAUAAUCUUCAAUGCCUUUGUUAUGAUGACUUUAUUCAAUGAGAUUAAUUCCCGUAAGAUCCAUGGGCAAAGGAAUGUGUUUGAAGGAUUACAGAGAAAUGUGCUCUUUAUUGGCAUCUGGAUUACAACAAUGUUUUUUCAGGUCAUUCUUGUAGAGUUACUAGGUUUUGCUUUUUCCACAACCAAUCUUGAACCAGAGCACUGGAUGUGGUGCCUGUUCCUAGGAAUUGGAUCAUUGCUAUGGGGACAGCUGAUCACCACCCUUCCCACAGCCAAGCUUCCAAAGCGUCUCAGCCUGGGCAAGAUGAAAGAGGCCGAGAUCGUUGCCAUGGAGUCGGAGGAUGUGGUGGAGCGUCCAGUUGGUGCGCCAGCUGCCACAUCUGGACACAUCCUGUGGGUCAGAGGACUGACCAGGCUCCAGACUCAGUUGCGAGUUGUUCGAGCCUUUAGGAGCACGCUGGAAGACCUGGAGGAGAAACGUAGUGUCCACAGUUUUCACAGUUUACGUAGCUUUCACAGCUCGCGUAGUCACCAGGGCCCAAGAGGGCUGUCAGACGAGGCGUACAGCCCAUCAGAUAAGAGCACAGACAAAAACGGAACUUUUUUGACAGCAGAUGCUGCAUACGAAAACAUUAUGGGUGCACUGAGUCGCUCAACAGAGAAUGUCCCUCUGAUGGACAAAAGCACCAGUGAUCAAACAAAACCAGCAGCCAGUGCAAAAUCCUCAAGUACCUCAGACCUCAAUUCCAAAUCCCACGAAACAACCAUCUAGUUUUUAAAAAAAGAUGCGUGUCGUCAACGCUUUCCGCGUUCCUGCCGACACUUCGCAACCUUCUAUUCUGUUAAAACCAGCGUACCGGAAACAAACCUCGC